AAUCAGAGUCGCGUUAUUGUCAACGAAGUGGAAGAGGUCACAGCACGAAAACGGAGAGACCGGCAUGUAAGCAGUUGGAGAAAUUUUGUUUUCCAUCCUCAAGGGUCCUCGCUUGGCUUUUAACCUGCCUUCUCGUCGCCUCCUUUCCCGUCAACUUCAGUUUCAUCACCAUCAAUUGCAAAAAGCUGAUCCAGUCUUGCAUCCAUCAUGCUCUCUAGCAUCACACUCGCCUCAAUUCUGGCCCUCGCCUCUGUUGGCGAGGCUCUCAAGCCUUGGGUUGCUCCUGGCGCCGAUGACUCUCGCGGCCCAUGCCCCAUGCUCAACACGCUUGCCAACCACGGCUACCUUUCUCACAAUGGCAAGAAUCUCUCGGUCGAAGACUUUGGAAACGCCGUCGUCGAGGCCCUCAACACCAACCCUUCGUAUGGCACUAAGCCCGCCAAGAUGUUUAUCGCCGGCUGGCACUCGGAUAGAUUCGACUUGGCCGACCUCAACACGCCUGGUAUCCUCCAGCACAUUGGCUCCCUUAGCCGCGACGACGUAACCGAGACCGAAGCCAACAUCAAGGCCGUUCCGGGCCGCAUUGCUGCGCUCCUCGAUGACAGCCCUAGCGACCACAUCGACGCCUCGUCCAUUGCCAAGAGCCGCCUGCGCGUUGAAGGCAUCUCCAGCCCCAAGAAGCUUAGCGCGCAAGACCAGCUCCUGGCUUAUGUCGAGUCCAGCUUGGUGCUCAUGAUGAUGAAGGAGGACACCGUCCCGUCUGCCUACUCUUUCCCCAGCUCCAGGACUUGGACUGCGCCCAAAGAGCGUGUCCGCGUCUGGUUGACUGAAGAGCGUCUGCCUGAGGAGCUUGGCUGGAAGCGAUCGACUCGCAAGCUUAUGCCUGCCGAUUUGUUCCCUAUUAUGAAGGCCAUCUUUGACCAGAAGCGCGUCCACAGCGGCCGCUCCCUCUGGCAAACAGUAUCGCCGUAUAUCUUUGGUCACGGCAAAGAGGAUGCUGCCAAGGAGGAGCUGUAGAUAUGAGCGGAAGAAUACUUGUAUAGAAUAUUAUUGCUUUAAUUGUACAGCUAAUUUGACUUUUUUACUUGUCACUACA